UCAAAUUAAAAUGUUAUUGCUAGUUGGUUUAACUGGAGGAAUUGGGACAGGCAAAAGUGCAGUUACUAAUAUUUUAAGAAAGAAAAAUUAUACAGUUAUUGAUACAGACAAAAUAGCAAGAGCAGUUGUUGAACCAGGGAAAAAAGCUCACAAAAGGAUAAAAGAAGAAUUUGGAAUUGAAUAUUUUAAGGAUGAUGAUCAACUCGACAGAAUAAAAUUAGGAACAAAAGUAUUUGCUGAUAGUGAGAUGCGAAGGAAAUUGAAUGAAAUUACCCACCCAGAGAUUAUUAAAGAAGUUUUUCGUGAAAUUAUGUUUUCCAUCCUAAAAUUAAACAAAAUUGUAUUUUUGGAUGUUCCUCUUCUUUAUGAAACUAAAAUGCAAAAAUUUGUUUGUAAAGUUGUUGUUACUAGUUGUACUGAAGAUAUUCAAAUGCAACGAAUUAUUGAAAGGGAUGGAUUAACAGAGAAUGACGCCAAACAAAGAAUCAAUGCACAAAUGUCAAUGAAGGAGAAGGUCAAACGCGCGGAUUUUGUUAUUCUGAAUAAUGGAACUAUCGAUGAUUUAGAAAGAGAAGUUAAUGACAUGCUUCGCAAAACCGAAUGGGAAUGGUCUAAAUUUUUAUUUAAAUUUUGUCUUUCAUCUGCAAUUUUUGUUUUAACUUCACUAAUACUUUUAAAUUACUUUAAAUUUAUAUAA